CCCGGCCUCCCCUCCACCGGAAGUUGACUCCAGUAGCCAUGGCAAUGCGCCGAUAGCGCUGCUACCGAACUAUCGCCCCCUUCCGAGCUAUUCCGCGCUCUGGCUCCGCCCGCUGCACUCCCGUUCUCAUGAAUAUGCAAAUGAAAGGGGAGGUGGUGGCGUCGUCGGGUCCGGAAGCGACGCGGCUGAGUCACGGCGGUGGCGGGUGCGUGAGCGAUGAGUCGAGAGCUUGUCCUCCUGUCCUCACUCCCUGCCGUCACCAUGAUGGAGGAGAUAGACCGGUUCCAGGUGCCCGCCGUGCGCGCAGAAAUGCAGCCGCUGGAUCCAACAGCUGCAUCUAUUUCGGACAGAGAUUGUGAUACGAGAGAGGGAGAGACUGUAGCCAUGAACUAUAAGCCGCCCCCACUCCAAGUGAAAUUAGAGAAACAGAGGGAGCUGGCUCGGAAGGGCUCCCUGAAGAACAGCAACAUGGGCAGCCCAGUUAAUCAGCAGCCCAAGAAGAACAACGUGAUGGCACGGACAAGGCUCGUCGUUCCCAAUAAGGGCUAUUCGUCAUUAGAUCAGAGUCCAGAUGAAAAGCCACUGGUAGCCCUGGAUACGGACAGUGAUGAUGACUUCGACAUGUCCAGAUAUUCCUCCUCGGGAUACUCAUCAGCUGAGCAGAUCAACCAAGACUUGAACAUCCAGCUGCUAAAGGAUGGGUACCGGUUAGAUGAGAUCCCAGAUGACGAGGACCUCGACCUAAUCCCCCCUAAAUCAGUCAACCCUACCUGCAUGUGUUGCCAAGCCACCUCCUCCACCGCCUGUCACAUCCAGUAGUGAGGCCGGCAGGCUGUGCUUUCCACUAUAACUGUAAAACUUAACCGCCAUUGCUUCCUCCUAUGGUAGGAUGUGCACCUCUUUGUGUUCAUGGAGCCAGGAGAAACCAAAACAUUCAUUUUAUGAUUGGUUGAUAAGUUAUUUUAAACUCUGGUUAAACAAAAGAGUUAAACUCAAAGUGCCAGGCAGUGCCUGGCAGAACUGACUGGUCCGGAGAGUGGAUACAGAAUGGCCCAGAGAUACUUCUGGGUUUGUGUAGGCACCAGAGAUGUUUUGUAAGGUGUCAGUUCCAGAAUGGGAAGGAUCAGAUGGGGCUGGAGUUAAUCCUACCCUCUAAAAACAAUCCAUUUGCAAGAUCAGGGGUGAGUCUGAGGUGUCAGGGGGGUUUACCUGAGGUCAGUUCAUAAUUAGUUCACUAAGCCUCAUUUGCCUGUGUAACCAAAAUUACACCAUGACCAGGGCACAGGAAUGGCAACAGAGCAGGGCAUCCUUUCUUAUGGCAAGUCUAGCCAGGAUCAACAUGACACAAUUCAUUCACUUGCAAAGAGAGCAAGAAGGUGGCAUUUCUCUGUGAGUCAGUAGUAGCUGGAGCUAUUGUGUCACAUACCCAAUGCAAUCUACCCUUAGCACCACAUUAAAUUAUCACCAAACACAUCAGAUUUGAUUUGCAAUCCAUCCAUACUCUCAGUAGAUUCAGUCCUUGCCUGAGAAUACCAUAAUCAUGAGUUCAGUUCAGUUGAAUACACUGACUUCAGCUUCUACUUAAUUCCUGUGAGAGCCAUCUGCUUCCAAAAAUCUUAAACUUUGUUCAACUAAGAAAAAAUGAGUCCUGCAUAAGACAGGACUCGAGCUGUACAGUCUGAAGGUCAGUGCUGAAAAAGCUAGUUGAAGAAAGCAUAUUUUUUGGAGCUCAGCUGUUGGUACUCUUGACAGUGCAUCUCUUGGUGCCUAUGGGAGACAUUAGUUAACGUGGUGGUGUCAGACUUUAGGGGAGUUUUCAGCAACAGAGGGAUUAUGAGGAGAUUGAGCUGAAAAAAAGCCAUGAGAGGGAACGACUGUUUAUUGCAUCUCUGCCCCCUUGUGAACUGCUCUGUUAGAGCAGUCCCACAUCAGGAACAAUUAUGUUUAUUUGAUGCUGGAAUAGUCAGGAAACCUGGCAUUACAUUAGAUUUCUGGGCUGAAUUGCCAGUUCACCAACAGAUCGUUUUAAAUGCAAAAUCAUUUCUGGAUUUAGGAAAUAUGUCUUCUCCUUGUUCAGUCUUACACUGCUGGCUUCAGAAGACAUGGGAUUCAGGUGAUGGAUAGGCUGACAUCUUUCUCUGAGGUGAAAUCUUUUGACACAGCCACAACUGUGUCUUUUCCUGCUCAGCCAGGAAGAAAGACUGCCUGCCUUAUGUCAGCACUCUCUUUAGAGCCUGGUGGAGGGAAAAAAUGAAGGCAAUUCUAAGUUUCCCAUCAGAAUUCCCCUGAGCCACGAGAAAGAGCCUGAUCUCCACCCUGAAUUAGAGAUCCCCUGUAUGAAAUUUGCACAUCAUGAGCUGACUCUUUAAGAAGUUCUCUUAGUGAUGAGGAGGACACUUGUUUAACAUCACAUGUUUUCACUCUGUGCAGUGCAAGGCAUGAUGUCAUCCGCAGCAUGAGCAAAAGAGCAGGCAUACAGGGCUCCUGGGCUUUAUUAUUCAGCAGCUAGCUGCAGGCAACCGUGAAAGCUGUGUUUGCCCCCUCCUCGAAACAGGGACUGUUGCCCUAUCUGCCAGGGAACAGAAAGAGGAUGGGGCAGACUUGUUUACUGAGCAUCUCUGCCUCCUUGUGCAGAAGUGCUGGUUAACUUGCCAACUCCUCUAGGGAGAGAGUGUUCCUCUAUUGAAUUCCUCUCACUUUCUCAUCAUGUGGCAGUGCUGAGGGGGAAUAUUUCAAAAAUGUUUCUAAAGAAGCACAAAGCUUCAGGUCCCCAAUUCCUUGCUUCUUCUUUCGUGUGCCAGCCUUCCUCUCCAGUGCUAGCUCAGGUGUGAGAUUAGCAAGUUGUCUGCAGUGGGGAGAAGAGCUCUAACAGCACUGUGUGGGAAGAGAAGUUAAAAGGGAGGAAAAGCUCAGGAGUCUUUUUUUCAGAUGGGGAAUGUAGUCAAAACAGAAAACAGAAACCACAUGGUCAAACUAAAUCCUAUAGGACAUGGCCAAGUCUCUUUAAACAUUCACACUUCUAAAGCAGGAGUUUGCAGUUCAGCGUUGGUAUUAUGCAACAUCUCCAUUGCACUUAUCCUCCUGGGUCAGUGUCUGUGCCUUUCAGGCAGGCUGCACACACACAGCCUUUCCCACAGCCUUUGCUCAGGAGCUUGGGGUAUUUUGGUGAGCCUGCUCAAGCAAUGAGGUGUCUGUUUCCGUUGGUUAACCUUGGCAGACUGCACAUCGCACAGUUCUCCAUCAAACCACCUUUGUCUUAGGACAAAGAUGGAAGUAGACGUCUGAGAUUGUCUCCCAGAGCUGUAACUUCCCCUCUGAAGGACAGACCUUCCCUGUAACCACUGCCCCAUGGCACCACUGCUAAGUCCUUUUAUUGCCCCGAUUUCUGUUUUUUGCCUGCCAUGUGCUCUGAGGCAUUCCCCAACCCCACAACCCUGCAACCGCCCUCCACCCUUUGCAUUGUGUGAUGUGCACCUGCUUCCACCAUAACCACUUAAGGUCACAGAAUCACAGAAUUGUAGGGGUUGGAAGGGACCUCAAGAGAUCAUCAGGUCCAACCCCCCUGCCAAAGCAGGUUCCCUAGAGCAGGCUGCCCAGGUAGGCGUUCAGACGGGCCUUGAAUAUCUCCAGAGAAGGAGACUCCACAACCUCCCUGGGCAGCCUGUUCCAGUGCUCCGUCACCCUCACCGUGAAGAAGUUCUUUCGCAUGUUGGUUCGGAACUUCCUGUGCUCCAUCUUGUGGCCAUUACCCCUUGUCCUGUCCCCACAAACCACUGAAAAGAGGUUGGCCAAAUCCCUCUGUCUCCCACACCUCAGGUAUUUAUACACAUUGAUGAGAUCCCCUCUCAGUCUUCUCUUCUCAAGGCUGAACAGACACAGGUCUCUCAGUCUUUCCUCAUAGGGAAGAUGCUCCAGGCCCUGUAUCAUCUUUGUGGCCCUCUGCUGGACUCCUUCCAGAAGAUCCCCGUCUUUCUUGUACCGGGGAGCCCAGAACUGGACACAGUACUCCAGGUGAGGCCUGACCAGGGCAGAGUAGAGGGGGAGGAUCACCUCCCUUGACCUGCUGGCCAUGCUCCUUUUAAUGCACGCCGGGAUCCUGUUGGCCGCCUUGGCCAUGAGGGCACACUGCUGGCUCAUGGUCAACUUGUCGUCCACCAGGACCCCCAGGUCCUUCUCCUCAGAGCUCCUCUCCAGCAGGUCGUCCCCCAGCCUGUACUGAUAUGUCUGGUCGUUCCUUCCCAGGUGCAGGACUCUACGCUUGCUCUUAUUAAACCUAAUUUGGUUUCUUCCUGCCCAUCUCUCCAGCCUGUCCAGGUCUCGCUGAAUGGCAGCACAGCCUUCUGGCGUGUUGGCCACUCCUCCCAGCUUUGCAUCAUCGGUCCCUGGGAGGGAACUACUCAUUUGCACAUGUGAAGGAGGAAGAUGAAUUUAAAUGUGAACUAGGCCAGUGCUUCCUCCAAAUAGACAGAAGCACAAGCCAAGUGUUUUUCCCUGCUCACAGAAGGAGCUGGUUGCACAAAUAGUUGAUUUGGCAUGACAGUACAGGACCAUAAAAUGGCAUUUUUUUGGCUUCUCCUCUCUAUGCUUUGUGUUCAUAUAUUUUAUUAGGGGAAUAAAGUAGAAAGGGUGGGGAAAAGUAGUUACCUGUGUAGGGUCAUUAUCAGGAAGGCUGAAUGGAUUAAGGCAAUGCACGUGUGGCUAUCAUAGAAAACUGACCACUAACCCUUCUGAACUGCAGCCCCUUAAUCAGGUUAUGACCAUAGGGCAUGUUUGUUGGCUCAUUACAGAAUCUGAUGGACAGCCCAGCAGUGUGUGUUAACAGCAAAUUGGCUUGGCUCUCCCUGUCUGGUCUUGUGUUCAGACCUUUGUGUUUUGGCCAGAAGGUUUUCCUUGUGCCCUCACUGGAGGUUGUGGGGGCUUCCCAGGAAGGAGUAUAGAUACAUGGUUGUUCUGUCACUGCUCUCCUUACAUCAGCAGUAUAUCUGCUGCCAUGGCCCAGAGAAGACAAAAGCAAACAGCACUGCCCCUGACUCUUUGUUGCAGCAUUAGAAAGCCCUAAAAUCUGCAGAGCUGCUGGGUACUCUCCAAACUGCAGGUUACUUGCAAGAAAGCGAAGCAUUCCUUGUUCCAGUCUUUGCACCAAACCAUACGGUCUUUUCAGGCCCUAUUUUCAGUCUGAAGUGUACAGAAUACCAGGGGGAGGAGCGCCGUGGAGUAUGAAAAGCUGCAUUACUGUCCAUCUAAAUUACCACGCAAAUAGGAUAGCUUCCUUAUAGUGAUGCUGGUGCCUCUAACAAAGGAAUUUGCAUUUGAAAAUUCCUAAAUUUGAAAAUUCCAUCCUAAAGCCAGAUUGGCUUUUUUGGCUAGGAUUUUAAGUAAUUUUAGUCACCAAAUUACCUGAGUUUAGGCAAAUCAUUUCCUCUUAUCAGAUGUUAGUUUAGCCCUUUCAUGUCAACUUUGGACUACAAGGUCUCAGCACUCAAUUCUUGUCUCUCCAGUCAGUCUGCAAACCUUUCCAGAUGUCCGUGUGAGGGGAAGUAUCCUCCCAGUAUCGAGGAAGGGCCCUAGAUAGCGUGGUCUAGUCUGCUUUUCCUGUGGUUGUAUAAAUAACCUUUGGUUGAAGGAAGGCUGAUGUCCAGGUGACCAUCCCGGAGGCUCAUUUGAUGUCCUAUCAGGCAUAUCUUAAAGCCAACUUUUGGAAGAGCCACUGGAUCAUAUCUGAUGUUGCUGCACGUCUACCCCCAACGCGUAUAUUUGGCUGUCAAGUCUACUCUGCUCUUCUGGCCAUCCUGCUUGUAGAUGCCUUGCAAUUGCAAAAGCAGGCAGCCAAGCCUGCUUCACAGAGGGGCUUGAGGAUGCUGUGCUCACCCACAGACAGGACAGACUCAACUGCUUCUGGUUUGGCUCUCCGUCUCCUUUCCCAAAAGGAGACAGCUGCUCUGCUCAGCUCAGCUGUGUGCUGGCUGACACAUUGAUCUGAGAUCCUGAGCAGAAACCUUCCCUCUCCAUGCAGAGUUUGUCCUCAGGCUGGCCUGCAAGCUGUACAACGGUGUGCAGGAAGCUUGAAAAGUGCAGCACCCUGUAUGUGACUCAACAGAAACAUGAAGAUGCUUUUGAAGGAAGGAAAGACCCAGCUGGGCACCAGAUGGAACGAGAGAAGAAAAACAAGCAAUAACUGGAAAGGUUGCCAAGUGCUGCCUUGACCUAGGGCAAAUCCCAGUUGUCCAAACUAAUCUAUCUCAGUACAGUGCUGAUACCAAGCUAAGCUUGUUUUCAGAUGCAUACACCAGAAACACCAUGUCCCUGAGCUAGCACUGCAGCCAAAUAGUACUGCAGAGAGUCUGCUGGACCAUCAGAGCACAGAAAUGAGAUCCGGGGUCCCUCGCUGCUUUUAGCACGUGUGUUUGCUCCAACCCCAGGCAGGUCACAUCCCCUCUUGACAUCCAUUCCCUUCUGCAGCGCAGAGGAGAAACCUGCCUUCCCCGGAUGCUACCACCACCCCGCAUGGAUGUUGCCAAGUGUGUGGCAGGCACCACUGAUAGGACAGAUCUGUAAACAGGGUGCAAAAAGUAUGCUAUAAAAGUUUUACACAUAUUUUCAAAGUUCUGCAGAGAACAGCAACACAACUCUACUCUCCUUCUGUUUACCAGCUUCUGAUGUUGCUUGCAUGUGCCAGAAGGCUGCAGGGUGAGCUUAGUAGAGAGAUUAAACAGCUUUGGGGGCAGAUGUUUGGCAAUGGGAUGUUUCCCAGUUAUUUGGCUGUUGGCUCAUUCACAGCUGGCUACUUAAUAUGCAUGCUGACACAGGGAACAUGUAAGAAGAAUUGGUGGUUCAACAGCACCAUCCCCUGCUAGCAGACUUAAGGAAUUUAGGAGUGCAAGUGGAUUUCCAACUCAGACAGUGAAUUUUAAUUGGGUGGAAGAGAUCACUGAAGGGUUUAUUUGAGAUAUUCCCAGGGAAGUUUCAUGCUUUUAUAUUUAGCAUUUAUGUAAUGAUCUGAGGCACUUGUGUCUGGGCUCUUCCUUUAUUUUUCCAUUCUUCCUUGACGUACUCACAAGUAUGGCCACUCUUACCUAGAACAGAACAGGCUUUGUCACCUGGCUGCUCAGCAAGCACAGGCUGCAUGUGCCACCCUGAACAUACCCUGGCUUUGGCCUCUGGCACCCUUCAGAGCUGUCUCUUCACAACUCACUUCUCUUUCUAGUUCUCAUGUCUCAAAAACAUCUGCAGAGAUGGGCAGAGUGCUACAGGGGAAGCUGGACUAGGCUGAGCCUGAGGGGCAGGCACAGGAAGGUCUUCAUUUUAAGGUGCUUUUCACCUCAAGGAGGACAAGGCAUCCUUGUCACUUCUUGUCAAGGCCUUCUUGUGCGAGAGGUUGCUCCAGACUUGAACUGCACCUCACCAGACGAACGUGCCUGUUACAGAGCCACACAAACCCUGAAGCAGAAGGGCCAGAGACAGAGGAAGAGAUUGGGACCUGGGAUUACAUACAGAGGGUUAAUGACAGACUAACCAGCUGCAGGUUUCUCACAGGGGCUCGCAUCCCAGUUUUCACUCCCUGCGUUGUGCAACUGAGCUGUUGCAUUGCUUCCCAAAAAUUACAGCUACAUACCCUCCUUCAGCCCCCUUGACAUCGGUGGCAAUCCCAGGAUCACAGCAGCCUGGCUGAGCUUGCUUGGAAGGUAAGGGCCAGGGGCUCAUGGAGGUUACAUGGAGCAGAGCACCGUGGCCCAUGCAAGCGUUCAGGAAGCCACGGCACGGAGAAGGACAUCGCUGACUUUCCCUGGCGCCUGCAGCGAACAGGUCUUCCCGUUGCUUUCCAGACCCAGUUGCCAGCAGAAACUGGUGGUGGGUCUGAGACUUUCUUUUUCUGUAAAAAGCUGCUUCAGCGAAAGAUGGAUUUGCUCCUGGAAGGAGCUCUCCUGGCUGAUUGUGCCUGGUCUGUGAGGCAGCCAUUUCCAUAGUAACAAGUGGCUAUAGAGGCGGUGGGAUUACAUCAGGGAGUGAAGGUACAAAAGAAGCCUCAUUUAAAUGUGACUGUCUCAGGCAUGGCACUGGAAACCAGCACAGUAGGCACCAGGAAAAGAAAAGGCCACCAAAAGGCCAUGCUGAGAUAAGUCCCGUUACAUGCCGAGAUGUUUGCCCUCCCAGAGCAGCAUUUCUCCCCGAGCUGUCUAUUCAGCUGCCCCAGGUCAGGUCUCCAGAAAGCACUGCUCUGCCCGGGCUGCCUUCUCAUUUCUGCACUGGUCCCAAAAAAGCUGCAUCUUCAUUUGUUAUUCAUCUUCCUCAAGGCCGCAUGAUCUGGGAAAGGAAAAGUUUAUCAGGAGAUGUGAUAUAGACCAAUGGGGAACUGGAAAAUUUGGACAAGCUCUCUUCACGGCAGCCUUUCUGGUUUUUGUCACUUCUGCCUCCUUCCCCAGCUCAGAUUUCUCUGCUCUGUUUCUUCGUGUGGGGAAGCUGGCUGGGAUAGCAGGUAUGUUCAGCUUGUUGCUGCCUCUGUCCGGUGACAAACCCAAGGCAAACAUCAGACCAGCAGGAGACCCAAGAGGCGUGAUGGUGGGUGAGCCAGCGAGCUGGAUGGGAUUUCUCUUCACCCACCUGAGUGGCCAGGGGAAGGCUGUGGAGCUGAGGGUCACCUGAGCGAGUUUAAAACCUUGGUGUGAGCCACCAAGCCCAGGUGGGUGCUGUCACCCUUCCAGCAUCAGCACUGUGGGCACACUGGGACCAGAGAUCCCAGUCCAAGACCUGCCUGAGCCUGAGACCCAUGGGGAGGCACAGAUGGAAGUCUGUCAGUGGUCCCCUUCUUGGCUGUGAAACACGUGGGUAGGGCUGUACUUCUGCAGGGAGAACAACUCUUGCAGAGGAUGAAGUCUUUGCAGGGGAGAAAAUUCAGGAAGAUAUUCCCCCCCUCCCUCCCUUUUUGCACAUUUUAACUCCUUCCACAGGGGUUAUUGGACCCUUAGUAAAGAAGGAAACAAAGCACCAUUAAAUACUUUCUAAAGGGUUCUGAAAGCAGGUGCUGCUUGCAUGCAGAGCUGGUCUGUGUCUACCGUGUGACUUCCAGACCUCAUGGCACAUCCUGUAGCUGAGUCACCUGGAGCGCCGUGCGGGAACUAGGGUGGGAGAACCAACGCUGACCAUCAUGUCAACAGCUACAGCUUCCCAAACUAGAGAAGGGUCAGAUAAGGGAAGGGGGGAAAGCAGCAGCAAUGAUAGAAGUAUAACUAGUUGUCACAGGUAAACUUUGGUAUCUGUGUCCAGUGGUUAGUUCUAGAAUCUCAAGCCUUGUUAUAUUGCACACGUCCUCCUUUUACUCCUCUUUUCUCAAAGCAGCCAUCAUCUUUUUUUUUUUCCCCUUGAACUAGUGAUGAGCAACAGAGGCAGUUGCACCAAAACGACUCUCAGCCCAGUUCUGCAUCCCCCUCUCCCACCCAAACCCAAGGCAGUCCGGACAGCUGUUGGCCAUCACAAUUCUUAAUUUUUAGUAACUCCACUUGGAUUUCUUUCCUUGUGUACCAUGGCUUCCUCCACAAGCACCCCAGCAGGGCAGCACAGGAGGCUCUGACCAUGUCCCAGGAAGCUUCUUUGCUCCUGGCAGCACCUUGCAGACAUGCAUCUUACCGGGAACGUACUGGGUCGAUGCUGGUGAGAUCCGGCACUGCCAAUCUUGCGUACGUGGAAGCUGAUGGGAAUCUGGCAGGAAGUGGCUACUGUUCCUUUUUGAUUUUGAUUUUCAGGGAGAGGGGGAUUUUUUUGGCAUUAAGAUUUUUGUCCACCUUCCAGUGGCCAAGUUCUGGGCUGCAUUAAUAAUUGGGGUUGAUUGGCUGUCCGGGCAGGUAUGGAGCUUCACACCAGCUUUGAUAGCAAAUGUCACAGCUGCAUCCAGAGCCUGGCUACAGGCUGGGUUUCUCCUGUGCUGGCAAUGAGCAGGCUGCGCUUCCAGCAGGCUCCAGAUAACCUGGCAGGUGGGGGGACAGCCCUCUUCUGAGUCCAGAUCAAGUCCGAAUUUCCAUUUCAUGUCCUCAGCUUGAAAGAAACUAAACCCAAGCAAAUGCUACCAAGGUCUCCUUCUACCGCACAGUGCCUGGCGCCCAGGGGAGGGGGUGGCGGGGGGCAUUUGUGGGUCACUGCAGAUGGGAUCCUUCUGGGAUAUAGUUAAUGGAAAUGCCUUUCAGGAGAGACCUCCCAACCUUUGUGUUAAUCUCAGAGCAUGAGAUGAAUUUCUGGCUGUCCUUGCAUAUAGUGAAACAUAGCUGAAACAGCCAAAUGCAAAGUAGAGUUAAAUGUAGGGUUUGACCUGAAUAACCUUUUAAUUAGGAAGAUAAACUUGUUGUAGCUUGACCUUAGUCCAUGUUAGGAACCUGCUAAUCAUUUGACAUGCAGAGUAUGUUAAUGCUGCACUUAACUUGGCCAUUGGUUUUAUUAUCUUGUUUUGGGAGUUUUUUACUCCUGAAGCAUCAAUCUGCAUCUUGUAUGGCUUCUUUUUCUUUCUUCCUGUUCAGAACAUGUAGCACACUGUUGUACUUCUGUUCCCGUCCGCGUAGAGUAUUGCCUUAAACAGAUCAGUUGUGUUGUGGUUUGUUUUGGGUUUUCUUUUUUCUACCAUCAGUUUUAUGCAUUAAUUUAUUUUAAAAGUAUGUUUGUUUGAAAAAACAUGAAGCGUAUAAUAUUUUUUUUAACAUUUCCAUUGCAGUAUUUAUCAUUGUUACUGUUUGUGUGUAGUGUAACAAUUAAUGAUAUUAAAAAGCAUAUAUAUGAAAACCAGCCUGCCAGCCUUUGUCACUGGAGCGAGAUGGACAGUGGGGUGGGAGGACACGAACGACACCAUCUCCUCUGCAGCCCCAGCCCUCGCUGAGGCUGAAACCAUGGGUGGACAAGUGGAUGGGGAACAGGAGGUUUUGUACUGAUACACCCUUGCUUGGCCUCCUGCUCAAGGAAAACAGGCGCUCUCCUGGGAACAGAGGGGUGCUCUGUAGUGGGGUGGCCCCUGGGAGCCCUCUCCAAGGA